AUGGCAAAUCGAGGGCUUCCACUCCUGCUCGUCCUCCAGAUCGUCCAUUCUGCGGCGGCGACAGCGGCCGCCCCCGGCCACAAGCGGCUCGGUACCGUGCUAAAUCACGGCCCAGCGGCAGCGCCGCCGUCAUCAUCGUCUCCCUUUGCCAGCGCGAAUGCGGCGAGCGCCGCCGAGUCUGCGCCCGCCGCAUCCAACGCGGUGACCGCCAAUGCACCGGAGGCGCCCAUCUUUGCGUAUGCCGCGUUUGACAAGGUUGGUGCGACGACAUUCCGCACGAUCCUGAGCGCACGCGAGCGCCUCCACAACCGCUCGUACCUCUGCGACCCGUGCAAAGAGCUCUCAGAGAGCCCUCGCCACGCGGUGGUGAACGUCGGCGCCGACCGCGGCUUCGACUUUUGCGAGCGGCAGGGCCGGCCGUGCAGGUACUUUACGCUGCUGCGCCACCCACUCGAGCGCAUCCGCUCUGCGCACGCCUACUUUUGCGUCGCCUGCUCGGAGCACCACCGGCAGUGCGGCGGGCACGACGUGCAUCAGUGGGGCGGGCGGCUCUCCUGCCCCAACAUGAGCCUCGCCGCUUACGCGCGCACCGUCGGCUCGGUCUACACGCGCGCCUUCGCGCCCAAGGAGCCGUCAGAGCGGGCAGAGGAGAAGCUGGAGACGGUCCACGCCGAGAUCGCCUCGCUCACGCGGCUCGAUGCAGCGACCGUGCGCGAGAUUGUCCGGACGAGCUGCCACAACCGGCGCGACGGGGGCGCGUACCGGGCCCUCGACCAAUUCCAGGAGGGAACCGGCCCCUUUGUGCAGGCGACGGCGCUCACCAACGCGCGGAGCAAGGAGCGGCUCCGCCGCAUCGACGCUGCGGAGAGGUACCUCAAGAGCAUCUGCACGCUCGUGCUGGAGCCGGCCGAGCCGCCGCGGCCGACGAUCGUGCAGCAGCUGGCGCGUUGGAUGGGCGACCCGCUCUUUGAGAGCAAAAUCUCGCUGGUGCAGCGGGGGAGGGCCUCGCACGCCGAGCGGCAGGCGCGCGAGGCGCCGCAGUCCGUGUCGGACGCGCUGAUGGAGGACAUCGAGCUGUACCGCCGCAUGAAGCACUGGGCGGACCGCGGCGAGGCGUGCACCGAGGGACGAGGAGGGGGCGCGCGCCGAGCGCCUCCCGACGCGCGACGCGCCGACGCCGACGGGGACGCCACCACCCUCCGCCCCAGCGCCAGCCUCGCCCACAGAGGCGCCAGGGGAAUGUAA